GAGCUCGGAGGCGGUGUGUUUUGCUGUAUUGCUUCAGACAGUGAAAGGGUCAUUAAGUGCGCACACUGAUCACUGAUCAGCGCCUUAAUUGAAUCCAAAAAAGCGCCGAUUGCGUGCUGAUCCAACUGCAUGACCUCCGGAGUGACGGAGGGGACAGUGCGGGGGGGAGUAGCACCGGAGGAGAAGCGCAUAUCUGCAGGUGCUCUAGCGCUGUCGUAAAACGGGAGUCGGCGGCGAGGCAGCGAUCAUUAGAGCGAUGCCAGGGGUAACCAAGUACAAUUUAGUGGAUGACGCGCACGAUUUGAGGAUCCCCAUGCAUAACGACGAGGUGUUUAAGCAUGGGGUGUGCUUCGAGGCAAAGUACAUUGGCAGUCUGGAGGUGGGUCGCCCCAGCAGCCGGAUGGAGAUUGUCGCUGCGAUGAGGAGAAUCAGAUAUGAAUUCAAACUGAAAAAUAUAAAGAAGAAGAAGGUCAACAUUGUCGUGUCCACUGAUUACGUCAAAGUCAUCUUGCGCAAAAAGAGGAAGAGAAAAGGGUGGUCAUGGGAUGAGAAUACAGUCAUGGUGACACAGGAUCCCAUCUACAGGAUCUUCUAUGUCUCACAUGAUGCCCAAGACUUGAAGAUCUUCAGUUAUAUAGCCAGAGAAGGACAGAGCAACAUUUUCCGCUGCAAUGUGUUCAAGUCAAAGAGGAAAUCUCAGGCCAUGAGGAUCGUGCGCACUGUGGGUCAGGCCUUUGAUGUGUGUCACCAACUGACCCAGCAGCAAAAAAGCGAUGACCAGGAGGAUGACGAGUGCAAGGCGGAGGAUUCAGAGGCGGUGCCAGCAAAGAAGAGGUUUGCAUUGACAGAAGAGACCGACCUUGAAGCCACUACAGAGGAGAGCAUUGAAUGUGUCUCCUCAUCAGACCACGAGAAGAGCAAAAAGGACGAGGUGCUCUGUAACGAUGGGAAGGUGUCUGAUGACCCUUCUCUCUUGCUGAGCUCCCCCCUCCUCGGAGCCUCUGUGUCGGGUCUGUCGGCAGAGGAGGCUCCCUGCUCCUCAGAGCACCAGGUCCAGCUGCUGCAGAAACAGCUGCGUCAGCAGGAACAGCAGGCCCUGGCAGCCUCAGAGCAGGUCCAUUUACUGCAGGACCAGCUGUCGGUGGAGGUUGGUGCGCGGACUGAAACACAGGCCCGAGUGCAGAGGCUGCUGCUGCAGAACACCGACCUGCUGCAACACAUUUCCCUGCUGGUCAAACAGAUACAGGAGCUGGAGCUGAAAGCUGCGGGCCAGUUAACAUCCAUGGGCUCCCAGGACAGUCUUCUGGAGAUCACUUUCCGCGCCAAACCACCCAGCUCUUCUUUAUCGAUGGGCUCUUUUGCAGCUCAAUCCCAGGUCCAGAUUAGUGACAGCCCCUGGUUCUCCACCUUCCCGGGGCCCUGCUCUCCUGGCACUAUGUGCACUGACACCAGCCCUCUGGGUCUCUCCAACAGUGGAGUUCGCCUCGAGUGCUUCCGCUUUUCCUCCCGUGCGCCGGACAGCCAGGAGCAGGGCCAGGACACAGGGGAGACUCCCAGUGACGGAGGGCCGGAUGAUAGGUCGCUGCUGGGGGAGCAGGUCCUGGGAGCUCUGGAGUUGCUCCGGUUUAGGGAGUCAGGUAUCGGGUCAGAGUAUGAAUCGAACACAGAUGACAGCGAUGACCGGGACAGUUUGGGGCAGGGGGAUGGAGUUGGGGCUGACAGUGCAGCUCGACUCUUAAACGUGCUGAAUGCAGAGAGUCUACCAGAUUGCUUAGGGGAUGAGAUGGCUGUUUAGUGGUGCUUUUACGCCUCUGUGCCACAUAUAUCUCUGUACAUAUGCAAGUUGACAGAAAGUUAAACCAUUUUGAAACCUCCGUUAUUCCCAAUGUGUUUGCAAAAUAACUCUUCAGAUCUUUCCUGGUCAGGGAAGUUUCCUUCAAGAACAAUGAAAACUGUGAACUUUUGCAACAGUUUUGGGACAGGCCGCACACACUGUAUGCCACAUGUAAGCAUAAAAUGCUAACUUCCUGUGGUAUUAGCAAAUUAUUUUACAGGCUAUUUCAUUAAAUUCCGUUGCUAUACUAUGUUGUAUUUUGAACAAGAAACUAGUGCAGAUGGUCUACCACAUUGUAAGUUUGAGUUUAGAAUGUUAUUUGCCUAAAUGUAUGAUAAGCAAAGCCAACUCCUCUUAAAUUUAUUUUAAAUGAAAGUACAGGAAUUAACUAUUUCAUUUAUUUGCAUUUAUCAGAUACAAUUGACGCAUUUUCUGUAACACCGGACGGGGAAAAAUGUGCAUCAGUUGCGCUUCUAUCAAAGACAAGCAUUUUCUUGUGUUGACGAUAAGGAGCGUUCUCCGUACUGUAUCCAAUUAUGGACUCAAAACCAAACUGUGUGGGAACAUGGCUGCACAAAGCAACAUUGCACUUAUCCACCAUCCCAAUGGGAAACAGCUGCAAUCAUGUAUUGUGACAUCAGUAAGAUGCAUCAAUCGACAGAGCAAUUACUAAUCUCCUGUUCCGAUUUGCUUCUUUCUGUGAACUGAGAAAAAUGUUCUAUUCCUGAAAGUAUUUGUUGCUCUAUUGCAGCUUUAAAGACCAAAACAGGUGUACCUUCAGAUAAGAAUUUGGCACAGUGCAGCCCUUUACAAAACUUGGACUGUAUAUUAGUAUAAUCUCUAUGGUGUUUCAUGCUCCGCCUUUCCGAAGAUUUCUGCUUUCUGUUAGUAUGUGUUGCAUACUGUGUGCUGGUCAGUUUGGUUCCUUGACUCGCUGGGCUUGUUUUACUGUGGUUGUGUCUGUGUUUAUUAAGUUGUGACACAUUCAGCAUCGAUGUGGUCAUUUUUGCUGUUCAUGAAGAUUUUUGAGGAAAAGUCUAUCUGGAUACGCUUACACAUUUUAUGAUUGUGACGAUUAAAAACUGUGCUUGCCAUGACACAUCAUCUGUAAUUACA